UGUUAUUUGUCACUGUGGCGCAGUAAGUCCCGCUAUUGGCUGAAACCUUCAUCUCGUCCAUCCCGGGUUUGGAAGCAGCAGCCACCGCCUCAACCAUGAGCUCCGUCAUUAUCAGUUCGGCUCCGUUGGUCACCGUCCAGGUCAGCAGCAGCCUGAACUCGUUCACGGCAGAGAAGAGGCUGGACAGAGGCAUGACUCUGGCGGAAUUAAAGGGCAAGCUAGAGCUGGUGGUCGGGUCUCCGGCCUCUUGUAUGGACUUAAAGUUAUUCAGUAUAGACAAUAACUUUAUCCAGAACCUGGACCAGGAUGAUGCACUACUGGGCUCUUACCCUGUGGACAAUGGCUGCAGAAUCCACGUGAUAGAUAAGAGUGGAGCUCAGGUUGGGCAAUUUGAAGAUCUGUCCAGAGUGGAGAAAUUUGAACUUUCAGAUGAUGCCUAUGAGAAACGAUCAGAGUCUGUACGGUCCUUCCUAAAGCGGAAUAAGAUGGGAAAGUUCAAUGAGGAGGAGGCAUCUGAGAAGGCGGCAGAGCAGCAGCGCAAGCUGGAGGAGGAGAAGCUGGCAGCUGAAACAAUUACAACAGGAUCUCGAUGUGAGGUGCGGGCCGCCGGACAGCCUACUAAGCGGGGCACAGUCAUGUAUGUUGGUCUAACUGAUUUUAAACCAGGGUACUGGGUUGGCAUUAAGUAUGACGAACCUUUGGGGAAGCACAAUGGAAGCGUUGAAGGAAAGAGUUACUUCGAAUGUGGUCCAAAGUAUGGCGCUUUUGUCAAACCACAGCAUGUGGUUGUUGGGGAUUUCUCAGAAGAGGAUUAUGGUCUGGAUGAUGAAAUGUGACAACUUUGUGCGAUUUCCUACCUCGGUGCCUCCUUGAAAUUUGAUCUCCAACCUUCGUCACUGCGCAUUCCAUUCAGUGUAUUAAUAUUGUGAGAAAAGUAAUAUUUCUAUUUGAUAUUUGUAUGCAUUCAUCGAUGAUCUCUUGCUUGGAUAACUUGAUGCUGCAGAUCUGGAGACCCUGGCGUUACCCAUUUCUUGUGAUGAUGAAGAGCCGAUUUCGGAGAUCAAAUCGGACUUUGCUUAAAUAGCUUCAUAUGGACUAGCUUAAAUAUCCAUACGGACUGUGAAUAGUAUUUAAAGGGAGACAAGCAUGUGUGACCAUAGCAUAUUAAACUUUAACUAGUUUCUUA